GACACGUGACUCCUCCUCUGUUCAACGUGCCUGAGCUGCGCCUGGCUCCGCUUCGUCCGAUCGCCUUUUUUCUGCGCUUUAUUCUCUCUUUUACCUCUACAAACAAUAGAAACUACUGAACUCGGCCACGAUGAAGGAAAAAAGCUGGCCUAGGAUCUUUGUCAUAAUUCUGUGCGCGGUGGUUUACGCAUUUGUAAUCCUAGUCAACGCUUUGGCUGGAGCGGGCAAACUGUUCUUCCACCACUCAACAGGGAAUGUGUCUGGCAACUAUGAGACAGAAAUCACUCCAGCCGGCUGGACCUUCUCCAUCUGGGGCGUCAUCUACACAUGGCUCACCCUCAUCGUCAUCUACAACAGUCUCUAUGUGUUCAGAGGCUCAUGGGCCCAGUACCUCCUCCCCUAUUCCUUCUAUUUCUGCUGGUUCAUCAACCUGCUGCUCAACAUGAUCUGGCUGGUGCUAUGGGACAGAGAGGUGAUGCUGGCUGGUCUGGUGGUCCUAAUCUUCAUCGCUCUGACAAACUACUGUGUGCUCUUCUUCUGCUGCUGGGCCACAGACUACUACGGACUGUGGCUCAAGACCUACUACCCCAGAGACCUCCGCUGCCUGCGCUGGAUGGUUCAGAAUGGUUUUGCCGUGUACACCACAUGGACCUCCAUCGCGUCCCUCAUAAACUUCGCUGUGGUCCUGCAGCUGUGGGGUGUGGCCCGGAGCACAGCUGCCACCGCCUCCCUCUGUAUCCUCUUCGCUGAGAUCGUCACCUGGUUCAUUCUGGAGAACUGGGUACUGGACCGCUGGGUGCGCUACAUCGUCAUGGUGUACCCUGUGGUGAUUGUGGCUCUGGUGGGAAACAUCACCAGACACUACCACCCCGCCGACCCCACACCCAACUCCAUCUUCAUGGUUGCUCUGUUGGUGGUGGCGUGCGUGCUGUUCGUCUUCAGAGUGUGUAAUGUGAUCUGGAGGAACAAGUGGCGCCCCCUUCUGUCCCCUGGCUCUGCGCGCAUCAUGGUGUCUCCACUGGACGGAGGCAGUAACUUCAGAAUGAUGCGCUAAUCAGGACAUCACCCCUAGUGUGGCACAAUAUUUGAUAAUGCAAUAUUUCUUAUGUUUAAAUACAGUACACCCAGCAAGUUAUUUUCUGAUCCUGAUCUGUUCCUGAUCGGGUCUGAUUUUUUUUUUAUGUAUUUGAGUAAAAUGUGUCUUGCCCCAGUACAGAUAUAUUAUAUAAACAGCUCUUGAGGAAAAAAAGCUGUGUACUGUCUGUACUUAAUUAUCAAGAGAAUCAGGAUGUAUGCAGUUAGAAUGUUGUUGUUAGCAUUAGCGUGAGUGUUGUGAAAAACACUUAAUAAACUCCUUGGCAUGAAUAAUUACGAUGCUCUGAAUGCAUAAGGCAGGUGACUUUGUACCACUACAAACUACUAAAUUAACUAGUUCUGUUUUCAUGUUUAUUAUCAGGUACAGUGCCUUUAAAUUGAAUGUGUCAAAAAUCUAAACAUGGGGUACUGUAAACAUUUAAACAUCAAAUAUUAGCUUAAACUUUGACCAAUUACAUUUGGUUCUAAAUCAGGUACAGCACUUUUAAUAAAAAAUGUAGGUUUUACUGAGACUUUAGAUCAUGACUCAAACUUUUUAAGUGUUACAUAUUUUUAUUUUAGCUUUGGUCAAUCUCUGUACAAUGGAAAACCUAAAGAUAAUAGAUUUUUUUUCAGACACUAAACAACAAUGCCAACAUUCACAAGUGCCUCAAAGCAGGCUAUAUAUUUUUGUUACACUUGACUCCUUACUUUUUCAGACAUUUUUAUAAAGACCUGUCCUGAUUUGUCAUGGCAUUCCAAUUUGUUUUGUAAUUUAACUUUUGUUCUUUGUUCUUCUUUUGUUAUGUGAGCCCCAUUUUGUGAGAAUACAUUAUAUAGUAUUAUCUUUAUUAUUCAUUUAUAUCUUAAAGGGGGGUAUUAGGCUAAAUACUUUUUUGUAGUUUUCUACCAUGUCAUAACAUUGUUCCAUCAUCAAAGACAUGCCUACAGAGGUUUUAUAUGUCAUCCAUGCAUGUUUGAGUAUUUUUGCGAUCUCCUUAUGGUAAGCUGUAAGAUUCUGUCCAGUGCUCCGCCCACAAGGCUACGUUACCAAUGCUCCCACAUGACAAUUCUCCAUAAAUAUACAAAAACAUGUUACAAAACUGUACACAGCAACUUGACAUACCUGAUGCAAUGUGCAGUAAAUGUCCCCUCUUUAAAGUCUGUUUUUUCACUGUUUUAGUGCACAAAUACUGCUUGUACUAUGAAAAUAGAAGUUGAAGGAUUCUUUUUUUUUUUAGAAUAGAAAUACUGUUUGUUGUGAUGCUUUGUAAGGCAUGUGGGUUACAGCAUUUUACAAAACUUUAGCUAGCUAUAUACCCAUGUCUUUAUAUACAGCGCUUGUUUACAGAUAAAUAUUUUUUUGUUUACCUAAAUGUCUUAUUGAAGGAUCUUUUAUUUUGUGUACUACUAAAUGCAUUUUUACUAUACAGCUAUAUCAUUUGGAAAUAAUGCUUCCAAUAGUUAAAUGGAAGUAGAAAUGGAAGUAUUGGUCUCUGAAAUGAUGCUAGCUCCGUGUGCCACUAACAUACCGUUGCUAAUGUAAUCUUAUGGACACUACACAUAUAUAUGCUUUUGCUUUGUAGUUUUUAUGUGUGUUCACUUUGUGCAUAUAAAUAAUAAAUAAACAUGGGAAAUCGUG